AUAAAGGUGGCGGUGGUACGGACCCCCCCCAGGUCUCCUGGCUCUGCUCGAGGACGGACGCCCCCCCUCCCCUCACACCCCAUGCCCGACCUCAGCAACGUGAGGUCAAAGAUCGGAUCCAAUGAAAACCUGAAACACACACCUGGAGGGGGCAAGGUUCAGAUUGUUAAUAAGAAACUGGAUCUCACCAGCGUGACGUCAAAAUGUGGCUCAAAAGUCAACAUCUCCCACAAACCAGGUGGAGGAAAGGUGGAGAUUAAAUCAGAGAAAGUGGAUUUUAAAACAGUUCAGUCGAAAGUGGGUUCUCUAGAGAACGUCACACAUAUCCCGGGAGGAGGAAGGAAGAAGAUUGAGACUCAGAAGCUGAACUAUAGAGACGGAGCCAAAGCUCGCACGGACCACGGUGCUGACAUCGUCGUCCAGCCCGACUCCCCUCCUCCUCACCCGAGCAACACCUCCUCCCCCGGCAACCUGAACGCUGCUGAAGCUCCGCCCCUCGACAGCCUGGCCGACCAGGUGACAGCCUCCCUUGCCAAACAAGGCCUGUGAUUGGACAACCCUGUGACUGCAGACCCCUCCCCUUCCUGUUCCCAAGGAAACCGCCUGAUGGAAGAAAGAAAUCUGCCUUUUUCCUCAUGACCUUCUGAAAUCAUCAUUUCACCUUUUUCAUCUGAUGCUACACAAACCGGACUGGAGAGGCUUUAUGAAAUAUAGAUGUAGCUAUAUAUAUAUAUAUAUAUAUA